GAUUCAAUAUUCAACCGCUCAAAUGGUGGUUGGAUAAGUAGAAUUUGAUACUCUAUUUAACUAAAAAAUAAAUAAAUCAUUAAGUGGAAUUAGAGAUUUUGUUGGAAAGGAAAUAAGGAAUGAGUGAAACCUCAAUCACCACUCCUGGUUUCUGAAUCUGAGAUUCAACUUGGACUAAUCAUCUCCUUCUUUGAUAUCUAAAUGGGAAGAAAAUGAGGCAUGGCAGGUUUAGCAAUAUCAGUGCCCUAGUUCAACCCACAACGAAUUGCCCACGAACAGAGCUCAACUCUGUACCAGUAUUUUCUGUGGCAUCGGAGCUGCAAAAUUACAUAAAUUCCGAUCACCCCUCUCAAGGCCAGAAGAUCCAUUCCCGCAUUCUCAAAAUCGGGUUCAUACCCAAUGUCAACAUCUCCAUCAAACUCCUCAUCCUCUACAUCAAGUCUUCCUGUUUAUUGUACGCGCGCCAGGUGUUCGAUGAAAUGCCUCAUCGAACUUUAUCGGCCUACAAUUACAUGAUAGCGGGCAACAUAAGACAUGGCUUUGUGGAAGAUGCAUUUGAAUUGGUGAGAGAACUCUGUCUUUCAGAUGAGAAGCCUGAUGCUUAUACAUUUUCGAUGAUUUUAAAGGGUUCAACCAGCGGGUUAUCUUCGCAUGCUGUUGCGAGGGAAGUCCAUGCCCAAAUCGUGAAAUCUUAUAUAGCUGGUGAUGAUGUGCUUUACACCGCGUUGGUCGACUCGUAUGUGAAGACCGAGAGCAUUGCUUACGCAAGGAGAGUGUUCGAUUUAAUGUUGGAUCAGAAUGUGAUUUGUUCUACGUCGAUGAUCACCGGUUACAUGAACCGAGGCCGUUGGGAGGAAGCAGAGGAUGUGUUUGACAAGACUCACGAGAAAGAUGUUGUGGUUUACAAUGCCAUGAUUGAAGGAUACAGCAAAUCGGUUGAAAUGGCGAAGAAGGCUUUAGAGAUGUAUAUUGAGAUGCAGCGUCUGGAUUUUAGGCCUACCAUAUCUACGUAUGCAAGCGUUAUCGGCGCUUGUUCUCUCCUGUCCGCGUUUGAAGUCGGCCAGCAGAUUCAAGGGCAGCUGAUGAAGACUGAGUUUUUGCCUCACAUAAUGAUAGGCAGUGCUCUGAUAGACAUGUACUCCAAAUGUGGUCGGACCGAGGAUGCAAGACGCGUUUUUGACUACAUGCCUAAAAGGAAUGUCUUCUCAUGGACUUCAAUGAUUGAUGGAUAUGGGAAGAAUGGAAGCCCAGGAGAAGCUCUCGCACUCUUUAGUAGGAUGAUCAAUGGCAGCCGCAUCGUCCCAAAUUAUGUGACGUUUCUUGGUGCACUGUCUGCUUGUGCCCAUGCAGGGCUGGUUGCUAAAGGGAUGGAGAUCUUUAAGAGCAUGGAAGGAGUUUAUUCGAUGAGGCCAAGAAUGGAGCAUUAUGCUUGUGUGGUUGAUCUGUUAGGACGCGCAGGAAGGUUGAACGAGGCGCUUGAGUUUAUAAUGCAGAUGCCCGAAAAGCCCAACUCCGAUGUGUGGGCAGCGUUGCUGAGUUCUUGCAGAUUGCACGGUGAUGUAGAGCUCGCUAGAGCUGCUGCAAAUGAGCUUUUCAGAGUGAAAGACAAGAGCAGGGCGGGGGCGUACGUCGCAUUAUCCAAUACACUAGCUGAUGCUGGAAGGUGGGAGGGAGUGAGCCAGUUGAGGGAGCUGAUGAAGGCUAGAGGAGUAUCUAAAGGCACAGGGUUCACUUGGAUAGGGACAGAUGCAGGUUUGGAAGCUUUCCAUGCUGGGAGGUCCUAGUAAAGAGUUCAGCAUAUUUAACGAUUACCAUUAUCUAAACUAUUUAUUUCGAGUAUGUUUAUGGAUUACGAAAAUCCUUUCCUUCUUGCACGUAGUUGGUGUUUGAAAAGUUCUCAACAUCUCUUUGAUGAAUUGGAGAUGAAGAUGAGGUAUAAAUGCAUAAUAUUAAUAGAGAUCAA